GCUCUCAUCAACUCGAAACCUUAGUCACCUUCUGACUCGUUCGCCAUCCUCUUACACUAUUCAGAAUGAGUUACGUCGCUAAGGGUGAAAAAGAAUACGAUGCGGCCGGUGCUGUCCCCGCCGCCAAAAUCCACAAAAUCAGGAUUACACUCACCAGCAGCAACGUCAAGAAUCUGGAGAAAUUCUCUACCGAUCUCAUUAAUCGUGCCAAGGACAAGCAGCUUCGCGUGAAGGGUCCCGUCCGUCUCCCCACGAAAGUGCUAAAAAUCACCACUCGUAAAACUCCUUGUGGUGAAGGUUCCAAGACGUGGGAUCGCUACGAAUUGAAAGUCCACAAGAGACUGAUUGACUUGCACUCUUCCAGUGAGAUUGUCAAACAGAUUACCAGCAUCAGCUUGGAGCCUGGCGUUGAAGUCGAAGUUACUAUCUCGGCUUAAACUGUAGUCCUGUCAUUAUGAACUGAAAUGAAAUGUUUAUAUGUGCUUUUU